AUGAGUGGCGGACAUGAUAUCACCGGUGUCUCCGUCCAGACACCGAUUGUUCGCCACUUAAAAGCUGGCACUAAAGACAAGCCGAAGACUACCGCUAAGACGGCGCCGAAGGCAGCGACCGGUGCGGCGGCCACUAAGAAGAAGAAGACGGCGCGAGUGGUGCCCAAGAAUGUGAAGAAACUGAUGACCCAUCGGUCCACUCGACCCCUUUGGGCCAAAAUCAGGCGCUCGGCUAAGAAGAAGAAAGUGCCGGCGGAACAGCUGCUGAAGAAGAAGCCGAAGUUUGUGGUGAAGAAGAUCGGCGGCGAGAAGAAUGGGUCGAAGCGUAAGGUUUUGGUAAAGAAAGGCAAACGUUAUUAUCCG